CUCAACUUCAACACCGAUUUCUCGUCACCUCCUGCGCCUGUUCGAUACUGUCGAUUAUUGAAGCUUCGAGGCCGUCUCAUUACUCGUUAAUAUUGUGCUUCUGCAGUCACGAUGGACUUCUCGGAUAUCUUUCGUAUGGUGAACCUUGCGGUUGCAGUGUUUUUGGUACUAGGCGGCAUUGCGCAGUUCUUCGACAUACAAAGUUUUUCCGAUAUCAUCAAAGGUGUCUAUCUGAUUAUCUUCGGUCUUGGAACGGCGCUUCUCGAGUUCCAGAUUCCACCACAAGUGGCCCGAUAUGCCUCGUUCAUGUUCUCCUUUAUUGGUCGUGGAAUAUUCUAUAUUUUCCUUGGCUCCGUGAUGGUUGGCCCUGGAUGGUACCGCAUCGCUGCAGGUGUCGUGGUUGGCGUUGUUGGAAUCGCCUACGUUAUCCUAGAGUACAUUCCCUCCAUUGAGCCGCCGGCAAAUAUGCGUGAUGCGGAUGCUGGCUGGGGUGCCGAGCAAGUCUAGCCUCGCCUCGCAAAGACCUGAGGAUGGCGGUGGUUGAUUCCUCAAAGGGGACAGGUGAAAGAGGCAUAGAAAACGGAUUGACGACGGGGAGUGUGCUAUUCUUGUACGCAUGUAUGUGUUACAUGGGAGCCCCAUCUUGGAGCUAUUCUGGUUGGAUUUUCUGUAUUGGCGUCAAACGAGUCUAUACCUUGUACGUGUGUCAUGUUGCACUGGAUAUUUCUGAGAAGGGGAUGGGAGCGUGUUUUCUGGUUCACUGGACUACUUAGGGUAGAGUGCAACUGGAUAUGGGUGGGACGAAGGCCGACUGGGAUUUGUUUUAGAAGGUUGAAUCAACUAAGCCACAGUCUGGGAUGACGAAGCGUGCUUCCUUUUGGUCAACGGUGGUGCGCGAGACUACGAUGUGUGGGCAAUGGGCAUGGCGAUGUGAUUGGAGCUGGCGGAUCGCUUGGCUUGGUUGAAACAAAAGCCUUUUGCCAUUGUGGUGUCCUGGGGCAAAAUG